CAGUUUUCCAUACAAUGAAGGGCUCUCUGUGGUUUGGUCUAUCUCUCUUGUCUCUGGCGUACUGUGCGCUGGAUAACAGGGGAACAAAGUUUGUUGUGGCAUUUUUAGAUAAUCUCGCUCAUAGGAAUGACAUUAGUCCAGAACUAUUUGUCACCACCGCCAGCCAUGCCCCUGUGCACGUGCACGUCACUUCACCGGGCUCCAAAAACCCCAGCAUACGACAGUCCUUCGUGGUGACCCGUGGAGUUGUCCAUAAAGUGGCAGUUGAUCCCCACUUCCGGUUGAACCACACAGAGUUGGUCCAUAAAGCCAUCAGAAUAACUGCAGAUGCUGAGAUCACCGUUUACGGUGUAAACAGAGAGACGGCUUCUGACGAUGUCUACCUGGCCCUGCCUACAGACGUCCUGGGUACAGAGUAUUACACAAUCUCCCACACCCCAGCCUAUUAUUAUUGUGUGUUCGCCGUUAUCUCCAUAGCGAACGGUACCCAAGUGUCAAUUCAGCUCCCAAAUCACGACUGGGUAAAGGUCACGUACAAUAACCACGUUUAUAACAAAAAUGACUGGAUAAACGUCACAAUGGACAAAUUCCAAACAUUUCAAAUCAGUUCAGUGGGUGAUCUAACAGGAAGUCAUGUGAUUUCAAGUCAUCCUGUGGGAGUCAUAAGUGGAAAUAAAAAAACAAUAGUGGGUCAUACUGGCGGAUCACGUGAUCAUCUGACGGAGAUGUUGAUGCCGGUACAAGCAUGGGGGAAAAAUUUCGCAACAGUACCAAUUCCAGAGAGAACAGUGGGUGAUGAGUUCCGAUUUGUGGCCAGCAAAGACAACACACAGAUAAACGUCACAGGUAGACUGAAUGGUACGAUCUUCCAUGAUAACUUCACCAUUCCCCACGCUGGAGACUACGUACAAAAAUCAUACAGUUCCUCCCUGUAUUCUCAUGUCAAGGCCAACGAACCAAUUGCCGUGUAUCAGUUCUCCAAGACCCAAGCCUUCAGCAAGGAAAACAUCGACCCCUCAAUGAUCACUGUUCCUCCCAUUGAGCAGUACGGCAAUGACUACACAUUUACCACGCCGGAGUACUCAAAUGGACAGUACUUAAAUCAGUUCAUGUUUGUCAUAAAAAGCCAUCAAAAAGGAGGUCUACUUCUUGACGGACACCCACUGCCCCACAAUCAGAAGUACGUGCAUAUCCCGGGAACCCAUAUGGUAGGGGGGUACGUCAAUAUUACCGUCGGAACCCACACUGUCACCCACACCAACCCCAAUAUCACCAUUGGAGGGAUCCUAUUCGGUAGAGCUCAUGUGGAAUCGUAUGGAUUUCCGAUUGGCUUUCUUGUCAAGCCAAUUAAUCCUGUAAAUCAUCUUCCUGCUACUACAAGCCCGACCCCAACUUGUGAUGCCCCGCAAAUGAGGAAAGGAGAUGAGGUGGACAAUGAUUGUGAUGGAAGUACUGACGAGGAAGACUGCGACGGAAAAGAUAACGAUGGAGAUGGGAGGAUAGAUGAAGACUGUAGUGGUCAAGAGUUUCGUGAGUAUACUAUCAAAGCAUUCUUCUUCUAGGUCCAAAUAAAUCAUAUCCUGUGGGGAUCAGGGUUAGAAUAGGUCCUCAGUACCCCUUGCUUGUUGUAAGAGACCACUAAAUGGGGCGGUCCUUCCUUUGAGACCAUAAAAACGAGCUCCCGUGUCACAGCAGGGGUGCAACGAUAAAGAAAUGCCACAAACGCCGAGCACAGGCCUGCAACCCUUUACCGGCAUAUGAGUGAAAGUGGGGCGUUAAACAAUAUACAACUAGCCAACCAUCUAAUCUUACACACUUAGAAAAAUCGUACAUCACGUGACAAGCCGACUCCGCAUUACGUGACAAAUCUUUAAUUUUACACGCUACAUAAGGUAGUCUUGACAAUUUUAUCUACCUUUCUCCAUUUUCAGAUUUAUUUAAUUGGCAUACAUGUAAUGUGUUGUGAAAAAAUUACUGGUGCUAUAUACCGAGUCGACCCCCUGCCCCAUCAUAAGACUUCCCCUGAGGAAUGACUGUAUAGUUAUUCUUACUCUGUUGACAAUUAAAGUGGCUCUUCCCCUUCAGAGUUUCAUAGUGAGGCUUCCCCUUACAUGGAUUUUAUUCAUUUUGCCAGCUCAAAAAAGGGGGGGGGGGCAGAUUGGCUAUGUAAUGAGGAUACUAUCAUUAUAGCGGCCCUUCUACUUCUUUAUGGCGAGGAAAUAUUCAUGUUGUAAUUUCAUUGUCAAAAAUUGGUAAGAAUGCCUACAUAUCAUGGUCCCCCCAGCUUCUGUUAAACCAUACAAGCCAGUCGUGGUAUGGAAAUUACAAGUUCUAUGUGUAUAUUUGUACUCCAUACAUCAUUACUAUUUUCUAUUAUUAUUCAUAUAUUUAAGUCACUUGUAUGCAUUGUUUAUGGAAUCUAUAUUGGUAUCCUCUUUACAACGAUUAAUUACAUUUGUAUAUUCCCCUCUUCUGGGGAGAGACAUAUUGUAUUUGUACUUUCUGUCUGUCUGUCUGUCUGCCACACAAUUUUGUGAAGACUUAUCCUGCUGUAUGGCUUAUCGGAGAUACUUGAAACUUUGCACAAUCCUGCAUUGUAGAUGUGGAUAUUGUCAGGACAGGAGGACAAAAAAGUCAUAGUGAAUCUCAGAGGGGGAGAGGAUGUAAAAUAGCUUGUGAACACUUCUCCUAUAUGGCUUAUCUGAUAUCCUUAACAUUUUACACAAUACUUCAUUAUCAUUUAUUGAUGUUCACAUUGUUCUGACCCAGGGAUCUGAUAUUUUCCUACACUUUACAGUGGAUCAAAGAGGAGUGUUUUAUAGCGUUUUUCAUGUUCAAGGGUGUAUUCCCUUUCCAACUGGUACUUCAGCAUAACAGUCAUUAAUUUUGUAUCAUAUACAGCAAUGCUAUUGGUCGUAUCGAAGUUGAAUCUUUUCUGCAUCUUUUUCAUCCAUUCACAAAGUGCAGUUCAUAAUGUUUAUGUUCCUGCUCAUGCUCUCUCCUCCAUAAUAUAUAAUACAUUAAGGAGAGGGGGUGUAAUUUGGUGCAAUUUCAAUUUUGGGAACUGGGGAGACAUUUGCUUUGAACAAAACAUGAAUGUAUGUUUACGGAUACAUGGUACAGUGACACCAUGUUUGCAAGCCAAGUGCCCGAUUAGAUUGAUUUUAUUCACUCCUUGAAUUGGACACCAGGGUUGGAUCUAUCGAAACAAUAAUCUUAAUCUCAAGUUUGAGUUUUGUUUUAUUUGAGCAGUCAAAAUUUGAGCAAAAUCCCAGACUUAAAAGUUCUUUUCGAAAAAUCCAAGCUUGGUUUGCGAAGAUACUGUAUUGCCUGUUGUACAUCUUUUCCCACCUAUUUCAUUCUAACUUCCAUCCAGGUAAAACAAUAAUUAUAAAUUAAUGACAUGCCAUUCAGUAUUUACGUAAUCAUCAGGAUAAAUUACAAUGGGGGGUAAAUGAGACUUUUAGUGUUGUGGAUAACAGAUUAUUAAAAUACAGGGAAACUGCACUAUUCCCAAGUGACUACGAUGUGCAAGCUUAAAUGUUCAUUAUAUUAGCAAACUAAAAUGUUCAAUCCUGAAACUGUCCAAACCUAUGACAAUUAAUCAUAUUGUAAUCUAACUUAAGUUCGCGAAGACUUUAUUUCGCAGUUUACGUAUGAUAAAUUGGUUAUCGGUGACUAAUUUUCGCGACCGGCAUUACAUUAAACAAAUAAGAGAAAUUUUAAAUAGGACUGGUUCGCGGCAAGAAAUAUUCGCCAUUGUGAGGCAAACUUCGUAAACAUUUCUCGAUCGCGAAUAAAAAUUGGCAAGUGUUUGAUAAUGAAAUGUAAUGCUAACACUGAUGUCACAGAAACAUUUCUGGAUGGGUAUUAUCUGGUCAUAAAAGCCAAGAAUCGUUAUUAUAAGUGUAAGGACAUUGGAAAUGUAUUAACUAUUUUUCUCUUUUUCAGCAAUCAUUGGCUAGAAAGUGAAGGAUGAACACUAUAAAAUACCUUGGCUGUGUGUGUAUGGCUGUUUCUACUAUAAAAAUAAAGUUCUAAGAAACAUGA